GACUUCUCCCGAUAAUUUCUUCACCACCAUCGCAGCGUUGUCUAAGGAGCGGAUGACUCAUCUCUGCGAAGAGAUAACUAAUCUCCCUUUUCACCAUAAUACCACAAUACUAAUAUUCGCAUUGCAUUCAUUGCAGGAUUUGGUUCCGGGCUCAAAAACACACUUGUUGAAAAGCUGAAAGAGCGGUGGUUCUCGGUCAUCAUUAAUGAAACUACCGAAGUCACCGUGGACUCACAGCUUGCUGUCAUGGUUCAAUAUUGGGAUCCAGCUGAGUCCGAAAUGAUGGCCGACGUAUUGGAUUACGUCAAAUACACGGACGCCACAGCAGACGGGCUGUCACAGGCUGUUAUUGAGCGCCUUAACUCGUUGGGAAUUCGAUCUAGGUUUGUUGGAUUCUGCGCUGACACAUGCAACGUUAUGUUCGGGAAGAAUCACUCAGUUUCGACCUGCCUUAGCGAAGAAUUCCCUUUUAUCGUCGUUGUCAAAUGCUCUUGCCAUUCUUCCAAUUUGGUUGCAAACUACGCCGUCAAGGCAUUUCCGGAAGAGCUUGAGACUACUAUGAAGCAAAUUUUUGCUCAUUUCUCCCGAAGCAGCGCCCGAAGAAUAAUGUUUAAGCAGUUCCAAGAAUUUGCUCAAGUGGAAAAGCACGUCAUCCUUAGCCCUGGCCAGACAAGAUGGCUAAUUCUUCAUAAUUCUGUGCAACGCUUACUUGAGCAGCUCCAACCAUUGAUUUUGUACUUUACGGCGGAGGUUGCAGACGACAAAAGCAAGUCGGCGAUCGACAUCUUAACUUACUUGAAGCAUCCGCAAACAGAGCCCUUUUUGAACUUCCCCAACUAUGCCCUUGGUUGCCUCACGGAGUUCAACACGGUCUUCCAAUCUGAAUCUCCUUUUCUUCACGAGCUCGAAGACAGGGUCGGUGCACUCAUGAAGGAUUUUGCAAGCAACUUUAUGCUGUUGGACUACACAAGGGCUACAAGCCCGGCCAAUAUCGACCCUUGGCUUGCUAGUAAAUAUCAACUACUGAACAAGAUUUAUUUGGGUCCAGAAAACGUGGAGGGAGUCAAGCAAUUGUCGCCUUCAGAUUUGGAGUCCUGCCAGAAAAUCUGUAGGAGUUUUUACAUCAAAGCCAUCACGCUCCAGCAGAGAUAUGAUUUCAGCACGGAAUUUUAUUCCAUUCUGCAAAUGCUCAUCCCGCAAAAUGUGAGGGACCGGAACCCGCAAACGCUUGCCGAAGUUUUCGCCCGAUUUCCAGCCCUACACAACAGCUGUGAUUCAUCGAAAGAUAAGAUUGAAUGGCGAUCCCUUUCAGUGAUGCCCAUCAAGGAACUUGGUCUGCAAACCGAAGAUGAUCUCAAGAUUUUGUCUGCGGAAGCCUUUUGGCUCCUGGUCUUCAACUUGAAAUGUUCAACCGGAUGCAGAUUUCCCAAUCUGUCGGUGGUAGUCUCCUACUUGUUUUCGCUCCCUUACAGCAACGCGAUCGCGGAACGACUGUUUAGCUUUUUGAAGCUGACCAAAACUGAUCAUCGAGGCGCUUUGAAGGAAGACACAAUCCUGGGAUUGAUGCGUAUGAAGUACUUCAUGAAGAAUACUGAUCAAAAUCAUAAAUAGUCCAAUUUCCAGAUGAGCUCGUUCAACGAGUACUGCAAGUGCGUGCGAACAAAGAGAAGACACGACUAGUCAACCAACCGGUGCGGACGAGCGAUAAGAAAGACAAGCAAUGAGAAAGAAUUGCAUUUUGUGCACAAUGCAGCAUUUGAUAUUCAAUUCAGAUUUUUUUUGUGUUCUUACGCCCGUGUGUUCCAAUUUGUAUGCUAAUUGAUGCAAAACGGUAA